AUGGCCAAUCCUAUCUUGCUCUCUCUAUCUCUGUGCCUUCUUGUACUCUUCAAUGGCUGCCUAGCUCAAACAAGGCAGCAACGGCGACAGUUUGGCGACUGCCAACUCGACAGGCUCAAUGCCCUUGAACCCACAAACCGCAUUGAGGCUGAAGCCGGUUCGAUCGAGUCCUGGGACCCCAAUGACCAACAAUUCCGGUGCGCCGGGGUUGCCGUCGUUCGGCGUACCAUUGAGCCCAAUGGCCUUCUCUUGCCUCAUUACCACAAUGCUCCUCAACUCAUUUACAUUGUCAGAGGUAGGGGUAUCCAAGGGACUGCACUUCCUGGUUGCCCGGAGACAUUCCAAGAAUCCCAACAACAAUCUCAACAACAACAAGGACAGAGCCGCAGGUUCCAACAAGACCGGCACCAGAAGAUCCGACACUUCCGAGAGGGUGACAUCAUUGCAUUGCCGGCCGGAGUAGCGCAUUGGGCCUACAACGACGGCGAUUCCCCAGUAGUUGCAGUCGCUCUCCUUGACACCAGCAACAAUGACAACCAGCUUGAUGAGCAGCCUAGAAGCUUCUUCCUUGCUGGGAAUCCGGAGGACGAAUUUCGGCGACAAGGGCACCAGCAAUACGAGCAGCGUCGCGGCCAACAACAACAACGUCAACAACAACGCCGUGGCGAGCGUGGUGAGCGUGGCAAGCAACAGAAGGGCUCUAGCAACAAUGUAUUCAGUGGCUUCGAUGCUGAGUUUUUGGCGGACGCUUUCAACGUGGAUUUCGACAUGGGCAGAAGGCUUCAGAGCAACGAUGACAACAGAAGGCACAUAGUGAGAGUGGAAGGCGAGCUUCAAGUGCUCAGGCCACCAAGGUCACGUGAGCAAUGGGAGAGAGAGGAGAGACAAGAGAGGGAACAUGAGCGAGAGUCGGAACGCCAGCGUCGCCAGGGAGGACGUGGACGUGGACGUGAUGAGAAUGGCCUUGAGGAGACAAUAUGCUCUUUGAGGCUAAGGGAGAACAUUGGUGACCGUUCACGCGCCGACAUUUACACUGAACAAGCCGGUCGCAUCAACACCCUCAACAGCAACAACCUCCCAGUCCUCCGCUGGCUCCAGCUUAGCGCCGAGAGAGGAGAUUUGUACAGGGAUGCUAUUUAUGUUCCACACUGGAACGUGAAUGCCCACAGUGUGGUCUAUGCCAUAAGGGGUCGAGCCCAAGUUCAGGUGGUCGACGAUAAUGGUCAGACCGUGUUCGACGACGAAAUUAGACAGGGUCAGCUCUUGACCAUCCCACAGAACUUCGCGGUUGCAAAGCGGGCGAGCAGUGAGGGUUUCGAGUGGGUGGCCUUCAAGACCAAUGACAACGCCAUAAUCAGUCCUCUUGCAGGACGAACCUCGGCCAUCCGGGCCUUGCCGGACGAAGUCCUUGCCAAUGCGUUCCAGAUUUCUCGAGAGGAAGCGAGGAGGCUGAAAUAUAACAGGCAGGAGACCACUUUGGCUCGUCCAAGCAGGUCUUCCUCUGAGAGGAGGAGGGCAGAAUCUGAGAGGAGGGGGUCUUCCUCUGAGAGGAGGGCUGAAGCUUAA